AAUAAUUAGUCGAUUUUGGAUUUGUAUAAUCGACUAAACCAUAUAAUGCUUACAUACCUGCAAAACAAGAUCGCGAAACAUUCGGGUGAAACACGAGAUGUAUUGCUGCGCCACAUUCUAAGUAUCCCAUUAUUCUUAUGUAUGAUUAUAUCAUCGAUAAUUCUAAAAUUGGACAUUCCUUUUGACUCAUACCAUUUCAGUCAAUCAGAACAAAGAAAGUUAAAUAAGGCUCAACGUACAGCUGAUAACCGUAGUUUCAAUUUUUGGCGCUUUUUCAUUAUGUAUAAUAAAUAAAUUUACACAUGCAUUUUGAAAAAAAAAAAAAUUUUUUUCAUUU